AUGAUGCUUUCUUCCCACACCACGCCCCGCUCCCGGCACGGGCAGUUGCAGCAGCAGCAGCAGGAGCUCAAGCGGCAGCAGCAGCAGCAGCAGCAGCUCAAGCAGCAGCAGCAGCAGCAGCAGCAGCAGCAGCAGCAGCAGCAGACUUCUCGAACAAGGACGGAUCCCCUGUACAACAUGCUUCUGAGGAUUUCGGUUGUCAUCACCACAAUGGAGGCCUCGGGCUGUACAGACACGUCGCCGAGCCUGCAGCAGCAGCAGCAGCAGCAGCAGCAGCAGCAGCAGCAGCAAACAGUCGUCCUCAUCGGCAGCAGCAGAGGCGCUGCCGGCACCACGGCAGCCGCAAAGGCACUGCUGUCAUCAGCAACAGCAGCAGCACCGGCAACAGCAGCAGCAGCAGCAGCAACAGCAGCAGCAGCAGCAGCAGCAGCAGCAGCAACAGCAACAGCAGCUGCAGCAGCACCACAAACACCAACGAACGACGACGACCACCACCACCACCAGCCUCAGCAGCAGCGCCACAAGAAACCCGCCACCACCACCACCACCGCCACCAGCAGCAGCAGCAGCAGCAGCAGCAGCAGCAGCAGCAGCAGCAGCAGCAGCAGCAGCAGUGUGCGUGCAGAGAAGCUGGAGGUGUUGUCUUUGGGUCGGAACUCGCUGAAGAAGUUGGGGGGUUUGGAAGAAGUGGGAGCGACUUUGCGGGAGUUGUGGCUUUCUUACAACCAAAUUGAAAAGCUCGACGGACUUCAGAGUUGCCUCCAACUCCAAGUCCUCUUCAUCUCCAACAACAAAGUCAAACACUGGGAGGAAAUCGAAAAACUCCAGGGGGAGCUGCAGCAGCAGCAGGGGGAGCACGGGGAGUAG